CUUUAAUGAAAUAAUAAAUACAAAUUUCCGACACGUGAGCGAUAUAGACGCGUAUAGAGAUAGACAGAGACUCCAUAGUCCAUACUCCGCUUUCUUCUAUUUUCCUACGGUCUCGCUUCGCUUCGGCCAGAUAAUGUCCCAAACCUCUCAACGGACGGCUACGAUUUAUCGACGCCACGUGUCGUCAUCGGGCUCUUUUGUUCAAACCCUAGUUUAGUUCUAAGUUAAAAAAAACAGUACAGAUCUGAUGUAUUAAAAACACUAAUAAAAAUAAAUAAAUUUCUUCAUCUGUCUUUGCUUUCAUCCGCCAUUUUUUCGCAAGAGAAACUCUCAGAUCCAGAAGGUGUAAUUACCAUUUUGCCCCUCCCAUGGCGUACUCGUUCCCGGAAGAGGUCCUGGAGCACGUGUUUGGGUUCCUCACCUCGGAUAAGGAUCGGAACGCGGCGUCGCUCGUGUGCAAGUCCUGGUACGACGUCGAGCGGUGGUGCCGCCGCCGUGUUUUCAUCGGGAACUGCUAUGCGGUCUCGCCGGAGAUCAUGAUCCGUCGGUUUCCGGAGGUGAGGGCGGUGGAGAUGAAGGGAAAGCCGCAUUUCGCCGAUUUCAACCUCGUGCCGGAGGGCUGGGGCGGUCACGUGCAGCCGUGGGUUAGGGCGAUGUCGAUGGCAUAUCCGUGGCUCGAGGAGAUCAGGCUCAAGCGAAUGGUGGUGACGGAUGAGAGCCUCGAGCUGAUUGCGAGGUCGUUUAAGUGUUUCAAAGUUUUGGUGCUCUCGUCCUGUGAGGGUUUCACGACGGACGGCCUCGCCGCGAUUGCUGCCAAUUGCAGGAAUCUUAGAGAACUUGAUUUAAGGGAUUGUGAUGUGGAGGACAAUAGCGGGCAUUGGCUUAGCCAUUUUCCCGACAGCUGCACCUCUCUUGUAUUGCUUAACAUUUCCUGCUUAGGGUCGGAGCUGAAUUUCUCUUCCUUGGAGCGCCUAGUCUCACGGUGCACCAAUCUGAAGACUCUUAGGCUGAGUCGUGCAGUGCCUCUUGAUAAGCUCCCGAACCUACUGCUUCGGGCCCCUCAGUUAGUAGAAUUCGGUACCGGUGCAUGUUCAGCCGAGAUUGAAUCUGAUCUAUUUUCAAGCUUGUCCGAAGCAUUUUUGGCCUGUAAACAACUCAGAGGCUUGUCUGGCUUCUGGGAUGUUGUACCAGAUUAUCUUCCGGCCAUGUAUUCAGUCUGCUCCGGUAUUACUUCACUAAACUUGAGCUACGCUGCAAUUCAAAGUUCUGACCUUGUGAAGCUUAUUUGUCAGUGCCGGCAGUUGCAGCGUUUAUGGGUUCUUGAUUACAUCGAGGACACAGGCCUCGAAGCUCUUUCCAUAUCUUGCAAACACUUGCAAGAGCUUCGCGUGUUCCCUUCCGACCCAUUCGAGGCCGAACCAAACGUCUCCCUCACCGAACAAGGGCUCGUCUCCGUAUCCGAGGGCUGCCCCAACCUCUCGUCUGUCCUCUACUUCUGCCGCCAGAUGUCGAAUGCCGCAUUAAUCACCAUCGCCCGAAAUCGACCCAACCUCAUUCGCUUCCGGUUAUGCAUAAUCGAGCCCCGAGCCCCGGAUUACCUGACCCACGACCCACUUGACGCCGGAUUCGGAGCAAUUGUCGAGAGCUGCAAGGAUUUGAGGCGACUUUCUAUGUCCGGGCUUUUGACGGAUCGAGUUUUCGAGCAUAUUGGAACUCAUGCGAAGAAAUUAGAGAUGUUAUCCAUAGCUUUUGCUGGGGAUAGUGAUUCGGGCCUUCACCAUGUGCUUUCGGGCUGUGAUAGUUUGAGAAAGCUUGAAAUUAGGGAUUGUCCUUUUGGGGAUGCUGCAUUGCUGGCGAAUGCUGGGAAAUUGGAGGCAAUGCGAUCCCUUUGGAUGUCUUCUUGCUCGGUUAGUUAUGGGGCGUGUAAGGUUUUGGGCCGGAAAAUGCCGAGGCUUAAUGUGGAGGUUAUAGAUGAGAUGGGUCCCCCUCAGAUGAGGCCCGAUAGCGGCCCGAUUGAGAAGCUGUAUGUUUAUAGGACGGUGGCUGGGAGGAGGCUGGAUAUGCCGGGAUUUGUGCGGACUGUGGAUGAGAAUGUGGGUGUGAGGUUUGGUUGAGGCGCGCGGGUAAGUAACUAAGUAAAAAAUCCUUGUGUAAUUGCUGUGGCAGUGGGAUGGUUAUGAGGAAUUGCCGAUCGGUGGUUAAGAGUCAUAUAGGAAAGCCCGUAUGCUGUAGAUUUUUGCAUCUGGAGCUAUUCUUUUUGCCUCAUUGUGCUCUUGUUUUCAUUAUGGGUUAUGUAAUCUGUAUUUUUUUUUUUUCCUUUUUUCCGAAAGAGUAAACUUUGUAUACUAUGUGUAGACUUGUGCGAUGUUUAGGUGGCCGGUGAGUUGUUUGUAGAAGCAAAGUACUCGGGAUUAUUUGAUUUGGUUUUCGUCGUUGGAUAUUGCAGGUAAUNAUUUUAUAUCAUGAAUUGA